CGAGGAAAAAGAUCGGAAGUGACGAAACUGUCUCUCGUCUGGAAACAUGCUUGAAUGGAGGUGACCUUAGGUUGUUAAACUGUAAAGAAACAGUAGUAGUUUACAUGUGAUGAUUGAUUAGCUCAGUAGUUCGGUUCGGACUGGUUUAGGUCGUUUAGAAACCUUUUUUAUAGAGCGUUUGUAGUUAUUUAUCAACAGAAAACGAGCGAAGAUGGCAGAAGCGCAUCAGACACGCGUGCAGGGUGUUAUCGAAGACAUGGUCCAAAGUCUAGAGAGAGAUCACAUCCGUAAGAUGCAGGGUCGCAUGUUCAGGUGCAGUGCAGACUGCUGUGAUCGCCCCACAGACUCCAUGUCCCAAGUGCAUCAGUGUAUCGAGAGGUGUCACACUCCUCUGGCUCAGGCCCAGGCACUGGUCACCUCAGAGUUGGAGAAGUUUCAGGAUCGUCUAACCAGAUGUACGAUGCACUGCAACGAUAAGGCCAAGGAUCUUUUUGACUCCGGUGCAAAGGAGCCAGCUGUUCGAUCGCUCAUGGACCACUGUGUGGGCAGUUGUGUGGAUGACCACAUUAACCUGAUCCCCAGCAUGACCCGAAAACUCAAGGGGAAUUUGGACUCUAUAUCAUAGCCAGACUGUAUUCUGUCCCAGAGCCAGCUAGGACUCUCUAGAUGAACGAAACAGCAUGCCUGAUAAAUUCGGGGAUUUAACCACAAUGGGUUCAGAGACUUUUAACUGUUUGUUUGACUGAAGCUGAACCUUUUUGAUCGGUUAGAUAAUUUAUCAACAGAAAAAUAAAUAAAUAAUGGAUUAA